AUGUUAGAACAAGUAACAACAGCAACAACAUCGGUCGUUGGCAAUAAUAAUACUAUUAAUAAUAAUAGCACUGGCAACAAUGAUCCAUCAUCAAAGUCUACGAAUGAUGGGAGUGGUUUUACAUUUGUUGGGCGAUUUAAUUUUAAAGUGAGAGCAGAAAGACAACAUCACCACCAUCAUCACCAUCAUCAUCACAAUCAACAAGAAGAAAUUUGUAAUCAGCAUCAUCAACAUACAGAACAAUGUGUUGGUCAUCAUCAACAUGAUAAUUGUUGUGAGCAUAAGAAUGGUGGUGAAGAAGAAAUUCAUUCCGAUCAAAGUUGUUCUUCUGCCAAGCAAGAAUGUAAACAUGAACAUCAUCACCACCAUCACCAUCAUCAUCACGAUUAUAAAACAUUGAGUGUUUUGGUGAUGGGCCAUGCAACUGGUUCAAUUUCAUUGUUUGCUCAGGGAGCAUCAAGCUUGCAUACUGAAGAGAAUGUUUCCAAAUUUCCAAUUUCUAACAUUUUAAAGAUGGAAUCGAAUAUUAUUUCUGAUAUUGAUCAAGAGUAUAUUACAACUGCUAUUACUAAAAAGAAGAAUACCAUUAAUUCGCAAAACUUUAUUGUUACAAGUUCUGGUAAUGGUGUGAAAUUCUGGAAGAUUGAAGCAAAGGAAAAACAGGGAAUUAUUGGAUUUAAAUUUACAUUGCUAUUGGAAAGCGUACUUUCUAAUUCAAAGAUUGUUUCCCUACAUAAUUCACACGAUUUAAUUAUUGCUAUUGCUGAGAAUGGAACAGUUGGUGUGUGGAAAAUUAACAUUGACGGACAAGUAGUUAAACUAUCCCUCUAUAAUUUUGGAAGAAUUCACAAAGUGGUGAGUGUUUGCUCUAGUAGAAAGGAUAGAGUGAGGCCAAACGCAAUUCUUGCCUAUAGUUAUUUGGCUGUGGCAUUCUCUGAUGGUAUGAUUGGAAUUUACGAGCCAGAUUAUGAUAUUUUGAGAAAUGAUAUUUCAAAAAUUGGUGUAACUGAAGAGUACAAUUCAUUGAGGUAUCAAUUAGAGAAUGUCAUGACUCUCAGAAUGAUCAUUCAUGCCUUUGAGAACUUUACUUGGAGUGGAGAGAAUUUAUCAUUUGAGAAACCAUUCAAUGUUAGUAAUGAUGGUAAAACCUACGAGUUGUGCAAUAUUACUCUCCCUGAAAAUAAUGAACAAUUAUACACUCUUAUCAAACGAGAUGGUGAUUAUGUGAUAAAGGUUUUCAACUCGGCCACCUAUGGUAAACAUAGUACAGUUACAGAAUUUACCACAGAAGCCAUGGCUGAAGGAGUGCAUUCUAACAUUUUUGAUAUUAGAAUUAUAGGAGGUUUAUUAGUUGUUUCGAGUGGAGACCUUGUCGAAGUUUAUAAUGCACAGAGCAAGAGUAGUAAAUGGUGCUCUCUAUUAAGCUACGAGGAGGAAGAUACUCAGGAGUGUGAUUUUGGAGUGCAAAGUAUCUCAUUUGAUGGUAAGAGAGCUCUUCUCUUAGGUUGUACAGAUUCACGUAUUCGUGGUAUUGUUUUGGAUGUUCAACAUCAACAACUUUUAGGGAUGAAUCAUAUUGAUAAUGAUUCACACGAUUUGGAAACUUUUGAAGUGGAUUUACCAACAACAAUGAAUUAAAUAAAUAAAUUGUUUUUGUUC